AUGGUUUUGACAGUCAAUUGGCCCGAGCGCUUUGCUGACCUCAAGCGCGAAAUUAUGGCAGCGACUCCUGACUACGAGAGGCGCUUGACCGAGUCUUGGAAUGAUCUUCUCCAGGAACUCGAUGAGCGCACAACAGAAAUUGCCGACGAGGGCCCAAAUUACAUCCCUCAAGUCCAUUUUCAAUACCUGGACACGCUGGUCCCUGAGCAGCUCGAUGAUAUUCGACGCAAGGGCUCUAUUGUCAUCCAUGGUGUUGUUGAGGAGGGUGAAGCUGCCAGUUGGAAGACUGCUUUGGACGAUUUUAUCAAAGCUAACCCUCACGUCAAAGGCUUUCCUGAACAAGACAAGCAACUCUUCUUCCUUUACUGGACCCGAGCACAAGUGCAAGCACGCGCCCACCCUAACAUUCUUAAAGUUUCCACUUGGCUCAAUAACCUUUACCGUGCAAAGACCGGCAAUAAAAUGGAAGGCGUCGAUCUCGACGUUCCGUUGGUAUAUGCAGAUCGGUUCCGUAUUCGUCACCCUGGUGUGCAGUGUGAUGUCCACCCCCCUCACGUUGAUGGUGGUUCCAUCGAGCGCUGGGAAGAUAACAAUUUCCGCAGGUAUUUCGCAGAUAUAUUAAGUGGUAACUGGCGUCAGCACGACCCCUAUGAACUUGAGGGCCGUCUUGAUGCCCAUGCAUCCUUAUGCAGAAGACCUGGACAGGCAACUGUGUUCCGGACCUUCCAGGGUUGGCUGGCUAUGAGCGAAACCGCCCCUACGCAAGGCACCCUGAAAGUAUUCCCCGAUGUGCCCUUGUCAAAUGCGUACAUAAUCCUUCGCCCAUUCUUCCGACCGACUGUCCCCCUCGACUCCAAAGACAUACUUGAUCCGAAGAGCUGGGUGUUCGAUAUAUCCACUCCCGAUUUUCCUGGCAUUCAGUUUCGAAACGGCGGCUGGGUCGACCUACGACCUACCCCGGACUUGCAUCCUCAUCUCAGGCUACAUGACACCAUGACCUCUGUUCCCAAAGUCAAUCCUGGUGACUUGAUAUUCUGGCACUGCGAUGUUGUUCAUUCUGUCGAGCAGGAGCAUACCGGUUCACGCGACUUUGCCGAUCUGAUCGGUCAAUGUCCAGUCAUGUACAUCCCAGUUGUUCCGAAGACCCCUCAAAACACAGCCUACGUCAAAAGGCAGGCCGAGACCUUCCUUGCCGGCACCAACCCACCUGACUUCGCGAGCGACGGGACGGGCCCCCUAUACAUUGGACUUGGAGUCGAUACAGAUGUUAUCCAGCCUAUCAGCCGAAUCGCGAUGGGUCUCCCUGUUGUUGUCGCAUAG